GCGGGUGGUUGUAACCGUCAGGGCAAGGAAAGAACCCCAAGAGUUCAAAGCCAAGCUCGGGACCCCGCCCCGCCCCUCCUCCCUGAGCAACCGUCGCAGCCCUGCCUUUGGCCGGGUGACGGCCGCCUCUGUUGCCUUCUCAGCCCCGACGUGUCCGGGCGAAGAUGCCCGGUGUCUUCUCCCGGGCCGGCUCUGGCGGUGAGUGAGACAAGGCCGGGCCGGGCGGCGAGUGAUCGAGUGAGGGAUGUCGCCGCCGCCCCGCGACGCUGGGUCCUGCCGCUGCCGCCCCCGGCGGCUCCCGCUGCCUCUGCUCUCCUCAGGUUCCGGGUGUCGCCCGCCAGCGCCGCUGUGGGCCCAGGAACGACGUCGGGCUCGACCUCAGCAGUGACUCCCGUCGCUUCCCCUCACAGGGGACGGGACGGGGCGAGCAGGAUGCAGGCGCCGGCGCUGCAGUACGAGUUUUUCAACGAAGAGAACGCGCCCAAGUGGCGAGGUCUGCUUGUGGCCGCCCUGAAGAAGGUUCAAAUGCAGGUACACCCGAAACUGUCAUCUACUGAAGAUGCUCUGCAGUAUGUUGAGGAGUUAAUUCUACAGUUGUUAAAUAUGCUGUGCCAGGCUCAACCAAGAAGCGUCCUAGAUGUUGAGGAUCGUGUACAGAAAAGUUUUCCCCAUCCCAUUGAUAAGUGGGCAAUAGCUGAUGCUCAGUCCGCAAUUGAAAAGAGGAAGCGAAGAAAUCCAUUAUUCCUUCCAGUAGAAAAAAUUCACCCUUUGUUAAAAGAAGUUCUUGGCUAUAAAGUUGACCAUCAAGUGUCUGUUUACAUAGUAGCAGUAUUAGAAUACAUUUCUGCAGAUAUCUUAAAGUUGGUUGGGAAUUAUGUUCGAAAUAUAAGACAUUAUGAAAUUACAAAACAAGAUAUUAAAGUGGCAAUGUGUGCUGAUAAGGUGUUGAUGGAUAUGUUCCAUCAGGAUGUAGAAGAUAUUAGUACACUGACUUUGUCUGAUGAAGAACCUUCCACUUCAGGGGAACAAACUUACUAUGAUCUUGUAAAAUCAUUCAUGGCAGAAGUUCGGCAGUAUAUAAGGGAGCUAAACCUCAUAAUAAAAGUUUUUAGAGAGCCUUUUAUUACAAACAUCAAAUUGUUUUCAGGUCAUGAUGUGGAAAAUAUAUUCAGUCGGAUAUCAGAUAUUCAUGAACUUAGUGUGAAGUUGUUGGGCCAUAUUGAAGACACAGUAGAAAUGACAGAUGAAGGCAGUCCUCAUCCCUUAGUAGGAAGCUGUUUUGAAGAUUUAGCUGAAGAGCUAGCAUUUGAUCCUUACGAAUCAUACACUCAAGAUAUUUUAAGGACUGGUUUUCAUGACCAUUUUCUUAGCCAGUUAUCAAAACCUGGAGCAGCGUUCUAUUUACAGUCAAUAGGAGAUGGUUUUAAGGAAGCUGUUCAGUAUGUUUUACCCAGGCUGCUUCUAGUUCCUGUUUACCAUUGCCUUCACUAUUUUGAACUUUUAAAGCAAUUAGAAGAAAAAAGUGAAGAUGAAGAAGACAAAGAGUGUUUGAAGCAAGCAAUUACAGCCCUGCUUAAUCUUCAGAGUAGUAUGGAAAGGAUAUGUUCAAAAAGUCUUGCAAAAAGAAGGCUUAGUGAAUCUGCGUGCCGAUUUUAUAGUCAGCAAAUGAAGGGGAAACAACUAGCAAUCAAGAAAAUGAAUGAAAUCCAGAAGAACAUUGAUGGUUGGGAGGGUAAAGACAUUGGACAGUGCUGCAAUGAAUUUAUAAUGGAGGGGACACUCACACGUGUUGGUGCAAAGCAUGAGAGACAUAUAUUUCUCUUUGAUGGUCUGAUGAUUUGUUGUAAGUCAAAUCACGGCCAACCUAGACUGCCUGGCGCUAGCAAUGCAGAAUAUCGUCUGAAAGAAAAGUUUUUCAUGCGAAAGGUACAGAUCAACGACAAAGAUGACACUAAUGAGUACAAGCAUGCAUUUGAAAUCAUUUUAAAAGAUGAGAACAGUGUUAUUUUUGCUGCUAAAUCAGCUGAAGAGAAAAACAACUGGAUGGCAGCCUUGAUCUCUUUGCAAUACAGAAGCACUCUGGAGCGCAUGUUAGAUGCAACAAUGUUACAGGAAGAGAAGGAAGAACAGAUGAGAUUUCCAAGCCCUGAACUUUAUAGAUUUGCAGAACCUGAUUCGGAAGAGAAUAUUGUUUUUGAAGAGAAUAUGCAGCCCAAAUCUGGAAUUCCUAUUAUCAAGGCAGGAACUGUUGUUAAACUCAUUGAAAGACUUACGUACCACAUGUAUGCAGAUCCCAACUUUGUUCGAACAUUUCUUACAACUUACAGAUCUUUUUGUAAACCUCAGGAAUUAUUGAGUCUUCUGAUAGAAAGAUUUGAAAUUCCAGAACCUGAACCAACAGAAGCAGACCGCAUAGCUAUGGAGAAUGGUGAUCAACCUCUUAGUGCAGAGUUAAAAAGAUUUAGAAAGGAAUAUAUACAACCUGUACAGCUGCGAGUAUUAAAUGUAUGCCGACACUGGGUAGAGCAUCACUUCUAUGACUUUGAGAGAGAUGUAGAUCUUUUGCAACGAUUGGAAGAGUUCAUUGGCACUGUCAGAGGUAAAGCUAUGAAGAAGUGGGUUGAGUCAAUCACUAAAAUAAUAUAUAGAAAAAAGCAAGCACAAGCCAUUGGGCCAAGUCACAACAUUACUUUUGAAAGCUCACCACCUACAAUUGAAUGGCAUAUAAGCAAGCCAGGACACAUUGAAUCAUUUGACCUGCUCACUUUACAUCCAAUAGAAAUUGCUCGACAACUCACUCUACUUGAAUCGGAACUCUAUAGAGCCGUGCAACCAUCAGAGCUUGUUGGAAGUGUAUGGACAAAAGAAGAUAAAGAAAUUAAUUCUCCUAACCUUCUCAAGAUGAUACGGCAUACCACUAAUCUCACAUUAUGGUUUGAGAAAUGCAUCGUAGAAACAGAGAACCUAGAGGAAAGAGUAAUUGUAGUGAAUCGAAUAAUUGAGAUCUUGCAAGUUUUUCAAGAACUAAACAAUUUUAAUGGUGUACUUGAGGUUGUUAGUGCUGUGAAUUCUGCUCCUAUUUACAGAUUGGAUCAUACUUUUGAACAAAUCUCAGGCCGCCAGAAAAAGAUUCUAGAAGAAGCUCAUGAACUGAGUGAAGAUCACCAUAAGAAAUACUUGGCAAAACUCAGGUCUAUUAAUCCUCCAUGUGUGCCUUUCUUUGGGAUUUAUUUAACCAACAUCUUGAAAACAGAAGAAGGCAAUCCUGAAUUUCUAAAACGACACGGGAAAGAGCUCAUCAAUUUCAGCAAGCGGAGGAAGGUGGCCGAGAUAACAGGGGAAAUCCAACAGUACCAAAAUCAACCAUACUGCCUAAGAGUAGAAUCUGACAUCAGAAGGUUUUUUGAAAAUCUGAAUCCAAUGGGAAAUACCAUGGAAAAAGAAUUUGCAGAUUAUCUAUUCAACAAAUCCCUGGAAAUAGAGCCACGCAAUGUGAAGCCACCCCCAAGAUUUCCAAAAAAAUACAACUAUCCCCUCAAAUCUCCGGGUGUUCGUCCUUCAAAUUCAAAGCCAGGCACAAUGAGGCACCCUACACCUCUGCAGCAGGAGCCAAGAAAAAUCAGUUACAGUCGUGUUCCAGAGAGUGAAACUGAGAGCGUUGCUUCUGCACCAAACUCUCCACGAACGCCACUUACCCCACCCCCUCCUCCAUCUUCCACUUCCAGCACUACUGAUGUCUGCAGUGUGUUUGAUUCUGAUCCCUCAACCCCUUUUCAUUCAAGAUCUGCAUCUGUGUCCUCCAUCAGUUUUCCUAAAUGUUCUGAUGAAAUGACUGUUCCUCCUCCCAUUCCUCCCCGAAGGCGUCCAGAAUCUGCUCCUGCAGAAUCUUCUCCUUCAAAGAUUUCUUCUGCCCACCUGGACAGUCCACCAGCAAUUCCUCCUCGACAACCAACAUCAAAAAUUUAUUCGCCACGGUACUCAGUACCAGACAGGACCUCCGUAUCUGACCCUCCAGAAAGCCCACCUGUAUUACCACCACGAGAACCUGUGCGAACUCCUGAUGUUUUCUCUAGUUCACCGCUGCAUCUCCAGCCACCACCCUUAGGCAGAAAAAGUGAACUUGGCAACACUUUCUUUCCCAAUAGUCCCUCUCCGUUUACUCCUCCUCCUCCUCAAACUCCUUCUCCCCACGUGCCACGGAGGCAUUUACCAUCACCUCCUUUGAUACCCCAAGAUAUGGACCUCCAUUCUGUUGCUGGGCCUCCAGUUCCUCCACGGCAGAGCACUACUCAACAUAUCCCAAAGCUUCCUCCAAAAACUUACAAAAGGGAGCACACGCUUCCAUCGAUGCAUCGUGAUGGACCCCCAUUGCUGGAGAAUGCCCACUCCACCUGAAUUCUCCCUUGAGCUGGAGGUCAUGUUUUUCCUGGUGCCAAGUCUGUUGCUGGCAAUAGAUGCACCAGAGAGCUGUGUUGCUCCUAACACUAAAGACUCUACAAUACGUUUGAUACAUGGUGUACAAAAAAAUUAAACUUAAUAGCAGGCCCCUUAUUGUGAAACUGUUGCUAUUUGUUAGUAUAGUAUGCAGGGCAAUGUUCUAAAGUCACUGGACAUCUGAAUGUACCAGAAAUCAGACUUCAGAUCUCUUUGGGCCAAUAUGCAGACACUGUGCUUCGCGUAAUGUCCAUUGAGGGAUGGGAGAUAUGGUCCUGUAAUCAUCUGUCCACUACGACACAAGUUCUUCAAAGGAAAACAUGCACUUUUCAGAUAACAAAAUCUCAAACAGGGAACUUGGUAAUCCUCUUAAAUUUUAUUUUGUUUUAUUCCCUGCUUUAAAAUCAUGAACUGGACUGUGAGGAAGAUCUGUGGUACUGAACCAACAGAGAGCUAAGGCAUAGCACUGUACUACAGCCCUGUUUACAAACUGUUACAGUUAAUUGCUACAUAUAUGGGUACCUAGGCUUCACCAAAGAGGUACUUUCCUCCUUAUGAAUAUUAUGGUGCCAGUUCAAAAAAUUUUGCCAGGAAGCAGAAAGCUUAACUUCUGCCUUUAAUUAAGUAAGAUUUAAAUCUUAGACGAAUGAAGAAAUCUAAGAUACACUGCUGUUGUUCAGAAUAAAAUCUGUUCCUACAUUCAGAAGACUGUUAAAUAUAGAGUAGGUGGUCUUACCAGUAACCCACUUUGAGGCUGGUAGUGCAACAUGGUUGGCUAUGCCAUGGAAAUGGAAAGGAUGAUUCGCUGGCCAUAUUCCCUAGUUAUCACCAUGUUUUAACUAGCAGUAGGUAGAUAAAUAAUCAGCACCCAUAGAAUUGCCUUGUAGUUGCAUAAAUCAUAUGUAUAUAGUGAAUGUUGCAUAAAUAUACUUGCAAAUUGUUUUUAAUUUAAUUGAAAUAAAGAUACAGAUAUUUUGUCUGGCUGACAUAUAUUAAAUUAUUGCAUUGCUAAAUGUACAAUUCAGUUUAUUUCAGUUUAAAGCACUGAGAAAGAGGCACAUGCUGUGGUACACACAUCUCUCUCCUCUUCUAGUUAAUUGUUUUGAUCUCUAAGGAACAAACUGAGAAGAAAUCCAGGGUUUGGCAUGUGAAAUAAAGGUGAGUUAGGGGAUGAGUCAAAGUGAACAACAGUGUGUUUAAAAUGUAGUGGGCCUCUUGUAUUAAAAUUUCCAAAAUGUGUUAAAUCUCUUAAACUUUUCUCUGUCCAAAAUAUGUUUGAGAGACUAAUCUUCUUGAGUAAUCUUGGAUUAUCCAUUGACCUGUGAAAUGUGCAUUUGAUUCCAGUACUGUGACAGGAAUGCAUGCCUCUUAUUGAAGAAUCAUUAAUCAUCUCUGAAACAUUAGGAUCUGUGAAUGGUGUAAUAUCAGAUCUUCAGUUAUUAAGACUCUUAGGAUGUUUCUUCUUUGGCAAAACCAAAAUACAUUUCAGCAAUCUAGAAAGCCAUGUCCCUAGAACAGUCCCUAGAAAACUUUAUCAUUGGGGAAGCCUACUGUUCUGAGACAUUUCUAUAGCACUAUGCAGUGUGGUCUUGCAUUUCAGAAAACAUUCUCAUUUCAUCUGCAUUUAAUAGAUCCUAUUAUUUAAACUUUACAAUUACCUUGCGCACAUUCAACAUUUAAAAGAAGGGCAUUGUGAAAAAUGUUUGUUUAAUAUAACAAACGUUAAGCUUAGAGCCAGUGGAUACAAUAGAAAUGCUUUCUCUAUUUAGAGAAAGCUGGCCUCUACUUAGACCCAUUUUUCACUUGUUUGUAUCACUAAAAAUAAUGGCAAUAGUCCCAUCCAUAAGAAAUUUAAAAUCCUGCAGAUGACAUGGCUCUCACCUGAGCCAACCAGAGGGAAACCCUCCUCACUCACUCACAUUUCCAGGCCAUGCUACCAAAAUGAAAUGAGUUUCCUGCCCAAGUCACCUUUCUUUUGGAAAGAAAGGGUAGAGCAUGGACUCAGCACUGGCUAAUUCCAUUUAGCAUUCAAAAGCAGCAGCUUACUGAUAGUUAAAAAAACCUGACAUACAAGAAAAGUAGUUUUACUUUUACAUUUACACCAGUUCCUUUAGUUCAAAUUACCAUGCUUGGUAUUGCCCAGAUACUUAGUCCUAGAUUCCAAAUUGCUAAAAAUAAUUAGCUCAGGUCAGCGCUCUACUGCAAGAGGGCUGCUUGUCACCUUCAGGGUCUCUUUUUGGCAGAUGGGGUGAUAUAAACAAAGUACAACUACUUGAAAAGUGCAAGUCCAAAUCUCUUGAAUAUGAUCAGGUGGAUCAGCUUGGGAUUGAAAGCAACCUUUUUUUCUUUGAAGAGCCAACAUACCUCCUUGCCAUAUCAAAGUGUGGUUGACAGUUCUGUAAUUUCAGCAGUACAGGGGAUAUGCUGCUAUUCAUGAGACACGAACCGAAAAUCUCCUUGAGUCUCUACAGGACUAGUUGCACAGUCCUCUUGGAUCCCAGCCAGAACAAAUGGGGGGUGACAAAAAUGCCCAUAAACCCCAGUGAAGUAGCUGUAGAAGAGCAGCUUAAUAGGUUCUGCCUCAAGCCUUUUAACUCAGUUUUCUUUGUGUUAAAAAUUUACUCCAUGAAAGUGUAACUUUUUUCCCCUUGAAUCAUUAAUCUUCAUGUAACUCCUUGUUGCGCCACAUGCAGAAUUGUCAUAGAAUUUCCUCAGUUUUGGUUCUUGCUUCAUGAUCUAUUUCAAAAUGUCGCUAGAGCAGUUGCUGUAAGUUAACCUAUUUGCAACUUAGUGACUCAGUCAAGAAUUCUCAAAAUAGGUAAACUGAUGUCUAUUGGAUCAAGUUGUCAAUAUGUACAGCUUUUCAGCGAAGAGAAUUCUUUUCCUGGCAGAAUAAGGCACUUUUUUCCCUGGGACCAAUGUCUGUUAGUAUAGGAGCAUCAAUCUUUAGAAUUACAGGACUGUACGUCAGGUAAUAAUGGAAAGGUACCAAAUUAUUGGCUUAUAAUAGUUAAGAGAGGGGUUUUUUAAUCUGACAGCAGAAAAAACUUUCCUAACCAGAUUUAACCCCGUUAGAAGGGAAAAUGCAUCUAUUGUGCCAACAACCAUGCACUUUUAAAGUACAUGAGAAUGAAAAUCUUGUGGUUGUCUAUGCAGAUAGUCAAAAGGUAUGCAAAAGUGGGGGAGGGGUGUUGCUCUCACGUCCCCAUACUAUUUUGUCACUCUUGUGCAAGUUAGCUUUUAAUUGCAACUGUAAACUUCAAAUCCUUUAAGAUUUCAAAUAGACCUGCUGUAAUAUAUCUAAAAUAUGUUGAGAUGCAGAUGUUUCUACAUACUGGCCCUUUUCCAGCUCACCCCACUUGCUGUAACCACUCAUGUAUCCUGAAGCCACUUUGAAGAGUCAAGGACUGCAUUUGAGUUAGUGGUGGGAAAUGGCAUGUACAGAAACAAUUUAUGUUCCCACCGGGCAUUCCAGCCAUUGACUUAAAAUGCAUAGAAAUGCUCCAAUUUUAAUAAAUUCAGAAAGUGUAUUAUUUUAUACUGCUAGGGUCUCCAAAUAAGAACUAGCCUCAUUUAUGAUUGUUAAAUAGCCCAGCUUAGCCCAGACUUCGUCAAAGCUUGGAAGCUAAGCAGGUCAGCUACAGUACUUGGAAGGGAGACAGCCGAGGAAAAACAGGCUUGCUACACAGAGACAGGCAAUGGUAAAUCACUUCUGUUUGUCCCCUUCCUUGAAAACCCCUUAAGGGAUUAACAUAAAUUGGUUGCAACUCUGCAGCACGUUCUUCUAUGAUUUUUGUAGGGGUUGCCAGUUGAAGAGUGGCAACUUUCUAUACAGAUAGAAGUUUUUUUCGGUUACUUUGCAUUUGAACUCAAGUUCUGGAAUAGUUUCUGUUGAAAUGUGGCAGCUUGGUUUCUUAAUACUUUCCUGUCCAUCAACAAGUCUUACAUCCUUGCUGUGCCUCAUAAAGUUAAGUUAUUUUGGUUAAUGAGAUGCAGGGACUGCUGUCAUCUUUCUUUAGUUAACAUGGGAAAGAAUUAUUGAAUUACUGAAAUUAUUCUUCAGAUUUUUACCCUUCUCCUUGAAGCCCUGUUCAGAGGAUGAGGUGGUGCAGGAGCUCACGUACAUAAAACUGCUAUAAAUUGGCCUCUUAAACUGAUAAAUGAUCCCUUCCAAUUUCUUUGGGAGUAAAUUAUUUUUCUGUGCUAUUUGGGUUCAUUACCAGGUAUAAUGUCACCAGGUAUAAUGCCAAAACAGAACAGUUUGGGGGGAAAUUUUCACACCUUGUUAUCCAUUUAUGAAAAAGAAAACCUUAAAGUGCAUUUUUUUCCUGCCAACUGUGAACAAAUUCCCCUUUUGCCUUUAAAGAGAAGAGAGUGCGUUGAGCUGCAGUAUUGCAAGGAGUGUUUUUUAUAAAACAAACAUGAAGUCAUGUACCCAGAUGACUGAAAGGAAAAAAUCUUGUACCAGAUGUAUGCAACUUUCAGUCGCUGCCAAAUGUGCCUUUUAAAAAAACUUUUUUUUCCUGAGACAUAGUAGAUUUUCUUGUUGGGUGGGGUCUUAUUUCAGGUAACAUUUUCUUAUUUUGCCAACUUAGUAAAACCAAGCCUGUGUUGCUAUGUACAGGUUUAAGUUUUUUGAUGAAUUCUGAUCAUUCAUAUAUUUAAAAUGUAUUGCCUUCUGUUUAAUGGUGUGGAUACUUUGCUAAAUGGUUAAGAAGCUAUGGCAGUCUGAUCCAGUUGUGUAAGGUUGAAGUGAUAUCUAAACUGGCACAUCUUAAUGGGCCUGUGUGUACCGAAAUCAUGUCCGUAGAUGAGCUUUGUAUGCUAUGUCUGCAAUGGUAUUCUGAUUGCAUUUAAAGUGAAAAUUAAUAGUGGCUGUUUUCAAGAGAUUUGUUCUUAAAAAAAUAAAUAAAUAUGCCUUACAUAUUA